UCUGUGGUGAUAACGUGAUAUCGUCUUUUUGUAAAUAUCGUGUCACAUGACAAACACUGACGGAGUCUAUCAUUAUCCGUAAAUCUGUAAUAUUCCAUAUUGGCAUAAUGGUGUAGUGUCAAGAACGACUGGAACUUUGGAAGACAGCAGCUGCUCACUGUUUAACUAUUUAAAAUACCUAGUACCCUUAUAUUUGAUGAUUUCACAUUCAUUCGGUUGUGUGGUUAUUAAAAAUGUAAAAUGGUGUUAGAAUCUUGUUCUGUCAAAAGAUUACUACUGUUAAUUAUUUUCAUCGGAGGGAUUACUCUACUAAUAUUUAUAAAAAUUACAUCUUCAAGUGCAUUGUCUGUUCUCAAUGCCACAAUUGCUACAGAGACAUCUGAAGGUGUAAAAGAUCAUAAAAACUCAUCAAAUAAAUGUUGGUUGCGAGAAGAAAAUACAAUUCUGAAAGAGUGUCAUUUGUGUUCUGACAGACUUGAAUGCAUUAAUGCGAGUUAUGUUGAAACAAUUAAAUGCAAAAUUUCUGGACUAGCAUAUAGAAAUUGCAGAAAACCAACUAUAAGAACAUCAGAAAAAGAAUUUUGGUUAUUCCAAGGCUCACAAUUUGUUAUUGCUGUAAUCAGCUUAUCUGUUAUACAAUACAAAAAAAAACAGUUUCAUAAAAAGUUAAUGAAAAGAAUACAAAAACAAUUAGAUUCCGUUGUUUAG